AUGAAUUGUGGCAAUUUAGCUAUUAUUCAAGGUUAUUCUCAAUCAAUAUUUAUGUUACUAGUUUCAUCAUCACUCCCUUGGUUAGUAUUUAUUUACUUGAUUAAACCUGUUAUGUCAAUAUCUUCUACUUUUUCUCCAAAUGUAUUAGAAUUUUCUAUUGGAAGUUUAUUCUUUCUUAUCAUUAUUCAUUUGUUAUUAUCACUUAAUAACACUAAUGUUGCUAUUGGUAAAAAAUUUGGAUUUACUCUUCUUAUGGUUUUUAUGUUCUUAUUUGUUUUGGUUCUAAUCCCUCCUUUUCUUUUGUCCUUUUAA